AUCUUGCAACCACUCAGAGGAAAUAUAGGCGGGACAGUUAGCGUCGCCCAGGCCUAUUGGUAGAAAUCAAACGAAUCAGGAUCCACCUUCCGGCUUAUGUUGGUUUCAAACCUGUUUUAGUAAAGGGUCGACGUUAAUUGCUAGCUAACUAGCAUGUGGAGGAAGAGACAUGGAUCAGCCAGCUGUAGGUUUCAAUAGCACGUCCAGAAACCUGAUGCUCUUUCCCAGCUAGAGGAAUGAGGGUAGGGAGAGUGAGCACGCAGUAGCCAGGCAUGUUAAGAGUUGUUAUCCUUCAUGACUGCAUAAACACAUUCUAGUUUCAAAGUAAUGAGUAGUCUUAAUUGAGAAGACUUAGGCCUAAGCCAGGAGAGAUGGACAGGAAGAAUGUGAACUGUGUUAUGCAGCCAAGAGAGAAUACCUACGUAUAUUUGUGGACCUGCAGUCAAUUCAAGCAGGAGCAGACAGAGUGGGACGCAGUGAACAGACACCUCCAGCACCAUGGCUUCAAGCCAGUUCACUUCACUGAUCCAAUGGAGAACAAGAACCCUGCAGAUUUGGUUCUUCUGGAGAAGAAGGCUGCCACAGAGAUCAGGCUGAUGCUGAAGACGAUGGUGACGGAUUCUGAACGCAGACAAGCCCUGAUCCAGGAGCUCAUCCAGUCCAACAGCCAGUUAAAGGAGGAGGUCCAGCAGCAACAGGCUCGAGCGGCACAGCAGGCCCAGAGGGCCUCCGAGCUCCAGGCACUCCUGGAUAAAGUGAAGGCCAAGGUCCAGGAGCUGGAGGACAGCUACAUCAGCAAGGCCGCGCAGCAGCACGUCCAGGUCAAACAGCUGCUGCAGGACCAGAGAGAGGCGGAGAAACAGCGGCAGGCCCUGGAACAGAAGCUGACCGAGGAGAAAGAGGUCAUCGCUCAGCUUCAGCGGAAGCUCUACUUUGCCGUCAAAGAGGAGGAGCGUCGGGUGGCCCGGCAGAACCAAGUCUUCCAGCAGAUCCGUAAAAGGUCCGCCCGGGCCAACUCGCCUACAAACCAGCAAGUGAUGGAUAUUAUAGAUGUCUAUGAGGCCCAGAUGCAGGAACUUCGUACAGAACUGAAGGCACAAAAAGGAGACCCUGGAGGAAAAAGCCAGACUGACCCGCAGCUGGAGCACCAUGCUUCCGAUGUUUCUUCUAAAAAAGCACUACUGAAGUCCUACCAAGACCAGCUGAAAGAGACAAAGGCCCAGAAAGAGGAGCUGAGAGGUGAAAUCCAGCGUCUGAAGCAGGAUUUGGAGUCCAGGCCCACUGUGAAGGAGCUCAAGUCCUGCAAGCACCAGCUGAAACGGAUGGAAAGAAUUGUCCAACAGAACAAGUUGGCUACUGUAGAGGAGGCCAGCAGAGACGUAAAUACGGAGGUGGAGAACAUCGAGCACCUUCCGCCUCCUGUCUGCAGGACCUACCUCAAGAGUGCCUGUAAGGAACUGGAUGUCCAGGAUCUCAGCCAACUAGUCCCAAUCUUGAAAUUACGAGCACGGCAAGCAGAAUCGUCUCUUCGGCUCGUCAAGAUUCUCAGCGCCAUUAGGACCACUCUGUGCAGCCCCAGGGCUCCAUUGCAGCUGCACAAGCAGAGGCCCAGCCGUAACUCACCCAAUGAGGCUACAGAGGGGGCGGAGUUUGAGGAGCUGCUCCCAACUGUAGAGAUAUGGGCAGAGCAGCUAUGCUCUCUAAAGGAGCUUCACUGUGCGCUGAAGAAGCUGGUGCAGAGGUUGUUACCAUGGCAGCCAGUCGGAGGCAGCGUCACCCCCACAGAUGGUGUGAGGGUGGCGGAGCUUCUGCUGAUGGUGGAAACCCUGCUGGAGGAGACAGAAAAAAGCAACCCCAAGGAGGUCCGGAGCCCCACUAAGAACUCCCUCAAGUCCAUGGUGUCCCACUUCCAGAAGCUGUUUGAUGUCCGGUCCCUCAGCGGGGUGUACCCUCGCAUGAACGAGGUCUACUCCAAGCUGGGGGAGAUGACCAAUGCCAUGAGGAACCUUCGGGACAUCCUGCAACUCGAUGACAGAGCGCCCCCUAGUGAGGUGGUGAAUCAGGUGGCAAAUCAGGUGGCAAAGGUUUCUUCCUCCACAAGCCUUACCAUCAGCCAGGAGCUGCAAAGCCUGCUGGGAACCCGUGACAUUGACAGCAUCAUACUAAAACUGGAGGAGCACGAGGAGUUCUUUCCUGCUUUCCACACGUUGGUCCAGGACCUGCUGCAGAAUCUAGGUGUCCAGCACUUGGAUGACAUUGUGCCUGCUGUGUGUGAACUGAAAUCAAGAGCAGAUUGAUUCUUUUCGGAGAAGUGGUCCAGUGGAUAUUUGGUUUUGAACAUUCACUUGAUAAUAUGUGAGAAAUGUUUUAACAAUAUGAGUUUAAGAAAUUCAUUUUUAAUAAUGUGACUUUUUAGAUGAUUGUGCUCAAUACAUUUAGGAUUCUCUUCUAAUGGUAUAAAUAAACCCUUAAAUGUAAAUUUUAAAAUGUAAAUGUGUUAAUAAAUCACAACAGAAGCCUUA